AUUGGAACUGGAAUACAACGGUGCUCUGCCCUUUUUAUCGGAAGAGGACUCCGAUGCUGACACGAUACGACGCCCCACGGCCUCCUUCAAAAUUCUAUCUCGUGAGUCAAGGAGAAACCCAAGGAAACAGAUACCGGAACCAACUCUGGAACCAAACCUACCAAGCUCCGUUUUCGUUUCUUCUUUCUUUCAAACCGAUACAUAAAGAACCCGAUUCUUACUAGCAAUCUCCAACGGAUCACGGAAAAGAACCGCGAUUCUGGUUUCUCGAUCGAUUUUCUAUGUGCAUCUUCCUUCCGGAUGCCCUCGACGGCUUGCCGGGCCUGGUUGACAUGAUAGCAUCCCAGCCUGCUGACUUCUUGGAAAAGCACCUGCCGGAGGAGAAGAUCGAUGUUAGGGAGUUCCGGGUGCCCAAGUUCAAGCUCUCCUUCCAUGACAGUGUCGUCGCCAUCCUCAAGAAGCUGGGGCUUCAGUUGUCGUUCAGUGAUCAAGCCGAUUUGUCUGACAUGGUGGAGGAUGAUGAAUCUGGCUUGCCAUUGGUCUUGAACGACGUAAUCCACAAGGCGGUCAUCGAGGUAACCGAAGAAGGCACCAUAGCCGCGGCUGUGUCCAUAGAAGAAAUGUUAUUCGGUGGUUGUAAUUUCAUGCGUCCGCCACCUCCUCGAGUAGAUUUUGUAGCCGACCAUCCGUUUGCGUACUUAAUAGUGGAGGAGACAACCGGCGCAGUUGUCUUUGCAGGGCAUGUCCUUGACCCCUCCAUUGAGAGCUAGGUCAAUAAAGGACGACGCCUGAUUUUGUUUCGGCAUGGCCCACGUAGAGGAGGAAUAAGUGAAUAACAUAGUCUCAUACUAGUUUCAUGCUAUUUUACAAGCCAUGGAAUAUUCUUUAUUCCUCUGUGUAAUUUAAUUUCAAGAGAAGUUCUGCGU